AUGAUAAGCCACGCACCUGCCGCGGUCAACACCGUCCGCGGCUUUCAGACUACACCUGCUACCUCGGGCGACGAGGACUCAGACCCUGGACACAGCGAGGUCCCUACCCCCCGACGAAAGACUGCCGGACGAACCGUCAUCAACGAUGUUGUAAGCGCCAACUGCAGCCCUAUUAUUCGAGCAUCUUCUCCCGCUGUUUCGGGCAUCGCAAAGCUGCGCAUGCAGAUGGAACCUCUUAGUCUGGACGGAGGAUCCCCCUUAUCCAUGAGCCGUUCUGGAAAGCCGAGAGGAUGUUCGUAG